AUGGCAAGACCAUUCACCCCUGGAGCACCGCCAAUCCCUGGAGGACUCCCUCCCGACUGGACAGAGCACAAGGAUCCAGUUACUGGGAAAGCCUACUACUACAACAAAGUCACAAAAGAAACGACAUGGGACAAGCCAAAGAGCCUAGCUCCACCGGCAGCUCCGGCAGCACCUGGGGGAGGCUUGCCACCAAACUGGGAAGAGCACAAAGAUCCCUCCACUGGGAAGCCAUUCUACUACAACAAGGUUACCAAAGAGACAUCUUGGGACAAGCCAAAGCCAGCAUUGCCCCCAGCUCCACCAGCACCGGGCGGUUUACCACCGGAUUGGGAGGAGCAUAAGGAUCCAUCCAGUGGCAAGACGUUCUACUACAACAAAACCACACGUGAAACAACAUGGACCAAACCAGGUGGUUCUGGAGCGUCAGGUCUGGUCCUUUUAGCCUUUGAUUUCGAUUGCACUAUCGCUGCACUGCAUUUGUUCGAGUAUUUGUACCGCCGUGGCGGCUGGGAUUGCUCUUCACAAGAGACCGUUCUGCAGCAGCAAUGCUAUGAGGAGCCAGAUUUGCCGCAUCGAAUCUUUGGAGGUCCCUCACGGCUGCAUGACCUGAAGACCUUUUUCGAGACCUUGGUUACACUUGAGCGACAGGUGGUCAUCAUCACCAAUGGCUUUGGUGCUGUGGUUGAAGCUGCCUUGGAGAAAGCGGAUUUGCUCAGAUACUUCUCCGAGGUGAUUGGCCGAGAUCACCCGCUCUCGGCUGCGAAGCAGGCGAUCCUGGUUGAUGAUGAUCCUGCCAAUGUCCUUCCGGCUGCCGAGAUGCGCAUCUGCCGCACGGCCUGGGUGCCGAGACCCACUGGUGGUAUGGACACCAUCAUGCUCAGGCUCAUCCGAGCGGCUGUGGAGGAUGAGACUGGCACUGAAACCAGCAAUCUCUUUCGGGAGGACCUCUCCUUGGUGGUGGGUGCCCCGAGCAUUGCCGGUGCUGCGACCUUGCAUGAUGCCGUGCAAGCGGUCCACAGAAGUGGCCGAUAA